AUGGCUGCUGAGAUAAAAGCUCUAGAGGACAAUGGCACUUGGGUUAUUACUGACCUACCCCCCUGCAAACGGGCCGUAGGCUGCAAGGGGAGAACAAAGUCUGUUGCCUUCUCAAAUCCCUCUACAGCCUCAAAACAGGCCUCCCGGAAUUUGUUUGCCAAGUUCUCUUCAGCUUUGCUUGUGCAUGGUUUUCAGCAAUCUCGGGCUGACUAUUCACUUUUUACUCGACAUUGUGGCACCUCUUACACUGCAGCUUUGGUAUAUGUCGAUGAUAUAUUAUUGGCAGGUAACGACAUUGCUACAAUUAAUGCAAUCAAAGCCUAUCUCCACUCUCAGUUCCAUCUCAAAGAUCUUGGAGUAUUGAAGUACUUCCUAGGCUUGGAAGUUGCUCGCUCCCCUUUUGGGAUAUUUCUYUCACAACGGAAAUACACUCUUGAUAUUCUACAUGAUUGUGGCCUCACAAAUGCCAAACCUAUUGCUUUCCCCAUAGAGCAAAACAGUCGUUUCGACGACACACAGGGUGAACUUCUAGUCGAUGCCACUCGCUAUCGUCGUCUUCUUGGACGCCUCCAAUAUUUGACGGUCACCCGUCUAGAUAUUUUGUACGUUGUGAAUACUCUCAGUCAGUUCUCUAGCAAACCGACGAAUGUUCAUUGGGAUGCUGCUCUUCACAUCCUUCGCUACAUUAAAGCCACGCCUGGCCAUGGCAUCUUUUUCAGAUCCACCAGUUCACUUCAGCUACACAUUUACUGCGACUCCGAUUGGACCUCUUGCCCCACCACACGUCGCUCUGUAACAGGUUAUUACUGUCUCCUUGGCGAUAGUCCCAUAUCAUGGAAGUCCAAGAGAUAA